AGUAAAAAGAUUUGUUUUUUGUUAGAAAUGAACGAUGUGGAGGACUUAAGGAGCGAUCAGCCGCCUUUAUCUUUUGAAAAUGUCCCGGAAAGUAGUGGAGAGUUACAGAAACGCAUUCAAAUAGAAGAAAUUAUUUCAAAUUCCAUUAAUCAAAACAUUUCGCUUGAAGUCUUGAAAAAGUUGGCUAUAUCUUCGUUUGGGCUGGUCAACGAUAAGCUUAGAAGGAUUUUGUGGCCAUGUCUUGCUGGGGUUGAUGCAAGCAGUUUAGAACGAGUUCCAACAUUGAACGCUUUUCAAAAUCAUCAUGAAUAUAAUCAGGUUGUAUUAGAUGUAAAUCGAUCUUUGAAAAGAUUUCCUCCAGGAAUACCGUAUGAGCAGCGAAUCGCACUUCAAGACCAACUUACAGUUCUUAUUCUCCGCGUAAUUAAGAAAUAUCCAAACUUGCGCUAUUAUCAGGGCUAUCAUGACGUUGCAGUUACUUUUCUCCUAGUUGCGGGAGAAGAAGUCGCCUAUGCCAUAAUGGAUAAACUUUCAACUACUCAUUUUUCAGAGUGUAUGCAAGAAACCAUGGAAGCUACACAAAAGCGAUUAAUGUUCAUAUGGCCUGUGGUCAAGUUCGAAAAUGCGGACCUUUACGAAUUUUUGCAAGCUUCUUCAGUCGGUACUUUGUUUUCUUUACCAUGGUAUUUGACUUGGUUUGGACAUAGUUUGAAUUCAUACAAAACUGUAGUUAGAUUAUAUGACUACUUUUUAGCAUCCCCGAUAUAUACACCAAUUUUUCUAACCGCUGCUAUAUUAUUACAUCGGUCCAAAGAAAUACUCAAGGAGGAUUGUGACAUGGCAGCUGUACAUUGCCUGCUAUCAAGGUUGCCUGAUGACUUACCAUUCGAAGAUCUCAUAAAAGCUUCUACUAAACUUUACGCUAAAUAUAGCUUAACCCUUUUAGAAAAUGAAGUGGAAAUACUUAUGCAUCAAGAAAGAGAAAAUCGGUUGAUGGAAGAAAAAAUGCUUUUGGAACGUCGAAAAAAGAUUACCCGUCCUGUAAUUAAACCACGAAAUUUCGAGAUAAAAAGAUGGCUUCCUAAUUUGUUGACGUCAAAAUCAGUUGUAUUGACAACAGCAGUUUCGAUUGUAGUUGGUGUUUGUGCGUAUUAUUACAAAAAUCAGUAUUUGGCGGCAGGUAUCAGCUGAGUUCCAAACGAUAUAUUUAAUGUUAGAUGCAUUUUGAAUUUUAAACCAAGACGCCCAAUAUUAUUUUCUAUUUUUAAGUUUACUUUCUAGAUCGUUCUUGUUUUUACCUUUUAUAUAAUAUACAUUUAUCUUUUAAUUUAUAAUAAAUAAAUAAAAUAUCCAGCACAGAUUGAAAUGUU